AUGUCUGCUAGUUAUCGACCCUGGUUGACAUUUCCUGACCUCAAACUCAGGAAGUUUUUGUUCUUGUGCCUUCUUGUGACGGCUUCAGCUGAUGAACUAAGCCCUAAAUUCUAUGAUUUAUCAUGUCCUGAGGCACUUACUACUAUUAAGACACUAGUAACCGCUGCUGUGUUGAAAGAGCCUCGCAUGGGUGCAUCCUUGCUCCGUCUUCAUUUCCACGAUUGCUUUGUCCAAGGAUGUGAUGGGUCUAUAUUGUUGGCCGACACACCAACGUUCGUGGGAGAACAAAGUGCCCUUCCCAAUGCUAAUUCUAUAAGAGGUUUGGAUGUGAUAGAGAACAUAAAAGAUAAACUAGAGACACUGUGCCCUGGUGUUGUCUCUUGCGCGGACAUCGUAGCCGUUGCCGCAAGAGAUGGCACUGUCGCUCUUGGUGGACCAAGUUGGAGUGUUGGCUUGGGCAGAAGAGACUCAACUACUGCAGAUUUGAAUGCUGCCAACACAGAAUUACCCUCUCCCUUUUCGGAGCUUACAGGCCUUAUCACUGCUUUCGCAAACAAGAAUUUCACGGCCAAUGAAAUGGUUGCUUUAUCAGGUGCUCACACAACUGGCAAGGCCAAAUGUUUAUUUUUUCGAUCGAGGAUUUAUGAAGGAAACAAUAUAGAUCCAUUGUAUGCAAGAGCAUUGCAAUUUAAUUGUCCCAGGACAGGAGGUGAUUUCAACUUAACUUCUUUAGACAGCACCACCCCAAACCUUUUUGACAAUGCUUAUUACCUUAAUUUAGUGAACAAAAGGGGUCUCUUGGUGUCGGAUCAAGAGCUCUUUAAUGGUGGUUCCACAGACUCCCUCGUUACGGUUUAUGCUACGAACCCUUCAGCCUUUAGAACAGAUUUUGCUAAUGCAAUGGUCAAGAUGAGCAACCUUAACCCACUUACCGGCACCAACGGGCAGGUCAGAAAACUAUGCAGCAGAGUCAAUUGAGUUAAUUGGCGAACCCUAGUGCUUAAUAACUAUUCCUAUGCUGAAUCCUAUCAUAUUAUAUAGUGUUGUAUCAAGAAUAAAUAUUUGGUUCCUUAAAAGAUAAAUUACGA